AUGUCCACGCAACGUGUUGUGCAAUUUGUCUGCACUCCCCUUGCAAUCAUUACAAAUUGCACUUUAAUUCUUUUCGUUCUUAAAAAAUCGCCAGAAAGUCUGGGACUCUAUAAAUAUCUGAUGAUUUAUAUUGCGGUUUAUGAGCUGCUUUUCUCAACUCUCGACAUACUUCUCGCCCCAGAUGCCUAUUCUUACGAUACAAUCUUUAUCAUGAUCACGCGAGCCGACAAACUGAUUCUACCACCAUGCACAAAAGAAGUGGCAUCGAUGAUGUUUUGUGUUCUUUUCGGAGAAUCUCUUGCAGUGUUUUCCAUUCAUUUUGUCUACAGAUACUUGGCCAUAACGGGCCAUUCAUUUCUUAAAACAAAAUCACUCCGAAAAACGUUGAUCUGGCUCUUGAUUCCUGUUAUCUACGGUUUCCUCUGGGCAGUCAAUUUAUAUUGUACACUAUGGGUCAACACGGAUACUGAACAGAUAUUACAGGGGAAUGGGUAUUUACGCGAGAAUAAGUUAAACAUAUCCGACGUAACAUAUAUUGGGCCCAACUAUUGGAAACUUGAUGAAAAUAGAAAUGAAGUUAUAAAUUGGAGAACAAUGUUGGGAAUGUCUAUUGCAUCGACACUGAUCUCGAUUUCCUUCGCAAUGAUUGUCAUUUUUGCAACUUUAAGCUACAAAGAGGUCUCCAAGCUAACCGAGCUGACUUCCCACUCCGAAAAAUUCCGUUCAAUUCAACUGCAACUUUUAAAUUCUUUGGUGUUGCAAUCACUUGUCCCGGCGUUUUUCAUACAGUUGCCAUCGUUCGUCCUAUUUCUGGCGCCUUUUUUUCAUUGUGGAAGGCCAGUGUUUGGCGAGAUAAUUGGUGUGACGGUUGCUCUAUACCCAGUCUUGGACUCACUUCCAACAAUUUUAGUGAUCAAGGCUUUCCGUGAAGCAAUAUUUCAUUGUUGCCCAUUCACUAAUAAAAAUGCUACACUUCCCACAUCCGUAGCACUGGUUACUAUUCAAUAA